GUACCCUCAUUUCACUUCUGUAGCUUUAGGGGCAUAAAUACCUGAUUUCAACACUGAAAGAGAGUUGCUUUUUUGUUCCCAAUGGCUGGAGUUACCUCCUUGUCUCUCUUGCGGAACUGUGCAGCUACAACUGUGAGAACUUUUGUGACUGUGAAAGCCUCCAAGCCCAAUAUCAAAGCUCUCCUUUGUCCUCUUCAAUCUCAAAGGUCCCUGUGUUGUGUUCGCGCUACAAGCAAUGAAGAGACUGCUGCCAAGGUAGCUGCAGCUAACGCCGACAGUGGCACUCCAACAAUAUUUGACAAGAUUAUAGCAAAGGAAAUCCCAUCAAGCAUUGUAUACGAGGAUGACAAGGUCCUGGCAUUUCGGGAUAUCAACCCACAGGCUCCUGUGCAUGUUGUAAUCAUCCCAAAGAUUAGGGAUGGGCUAACAGAGCUAGGAAAGGCUGAAUCGAGGCAUGUAGAAAUAUUGGGUCAGCUUAUGUAUGCUGCAAAAAUAGUUGCUGACAAAGAGGGUAUUCUUCAUGGGUUUCGCGUGGUUAUCAACAAUGGUCCAGAUGGAUGUCAAUCUGUUUAUCAUCUCCACUUGCAUCUCCUCGGUGGGAGACAGAUGAAAUGGCCACCUGGUUGAACAUGCGAAUUUGAUGGACUGUAAGAGUAAUCUUAUAGUUACCAGAUGAAGAAUCUGAAUACUAAUACAAUUAGCUGUGUAAGCUUACUUUGUUUGGGUAUUGUUUCUCACGGCAUAGUUUAACUUAAUAUUGAAAGAUGGUAUCGUUUCAUAAAUUACCCGUUCAAUAGCGCA